AUGUUAAGCAAAUUUGACCCGAAAGGCAAAAGGGAGGGACCAGAUCAUCAUGAAGAUCCAAAAGUGCAAUUGAGACUACUUCUUGAACAAAAGAGGUUUGUGCUCGUUUUAGAUAAUGUUUGGAGCAACCAAGAUUUGGAAUGCAAUGUAAAUGCUAUUCCAAAUGGUUUGCUUCGGAGUAAAGUUAUCAUAACUUCUCGUACAUUCUAUGUAGCUUCCGGGAGAGCAAAAUCUCAUGCGCACAUCUAUGAUUUGAGCAAUUUGUUAUCGAAAGAAGAUACUCGAAGUCUAUUCUACAAGAAGGCUUUUCAUGAUGAUAGAGAAGGAAAAUGUCCACCCGAGCUUAAGGAAUUUGCAAGGUGUCCCUUGGAGGACUUUCCCAAUUCUGUUGUUGGUCUCACUCUCUUGAGGUACCUAUGUCUGAGGGAAACCAAUGUUAGAACAGUUCCAAAGUCCAUAAAGAAUCUUGGAUUCUUGGAAACCUUGGAUCUUAAGCAGACCAAAGUGACCAAAUCACCAGCACAGAUUUAUGCACUUCACAAUUUGCGGCAUCUUUUAGUCUAUCGCUACAAUGUCCCGAAUUAUGUGACAUUUGGAGCUGCAAGAGGAGUGAAGGUUUAUGUAGGCAAUAUUGUAGUUUUGUGCUGCAUACAAAAGUUGUCACUAAUUACGGUGAAAAACAACAGAAAAAUCAUGAGUGACUUGGGGAAGCUGAAAGGUCUUAGGAAGUUGGGGCUGACAGAUCUUGAAAGAAAAGAUGGAAGGGACUUAUCAACGAACGAGGAGGAGUUUCUUGACUUGGAUCACAAGGAAUUUCCUCCUCACUUUCUGCAACGUCCAUAUUUGAAAGGGCGGCUAGAAAGGCUGCCCAAGUGGAUUUUCCAGCUCCAUAGUGUAGCCAAGAUUGGUUUAAAGUGGUUAAAACUAGAUGCCAAUGAGAGCCCAUUUGAGGCCCUCAAAGCUUUGCCUAAUCUGAUGGAUCUCGAUUUGGUUCGCUAUUACACUAGGGAAAAGUUGGAGUUCAAAAAGGACACGUUCAAGGAGCUGAAGAUAUUACACAUUGAACAAUUUGAUCAGCUAAAUAUGAUGGUUGUCCAGAAUGGAUCAAUGCCUAAGCUCAAGAAGCUGACCAUGACCAGAUGUCAGAAUUUGGAGUUACUUCCACUCGGCAUUGAGGGUCUAAGAUCACUCGACGAACUGCUUCUAUAUGACAUGCACAAUUUAUUCAUUGCUAGGCUUCAGAGGGGCAGUGAAGACCUGCAGGCGGUUGAGCACAUUCGAGUCAUUCAUUCUUUCUAUCUCGGGAGCAAACAAUGUUUCACUGGAUUUCAGAAUCUCUCUUGA